AUGUCCGGCUACGGCUACGCUCCGCCGCCUCCACCUCCGUCCGCCUCGGGCGGCCAUCCCGGGUAUGGGCAACCGACGCCUUCCUACGCUCACCACCGGGGAGGGGGGGCAUCUGGUGGCCGCGGCCGCGGGGGUCAGUACUCCCGGGGCAGAGGCGACUAUCAGGCCGCCGGCGCCGCGGUUCCAACUCACUACGAGUAUCCUCCCCAGCCAUAUUCGGCCCAUGGCAUGACUGCAUACGGCGCACCCUCCGCUGCGGCGAACUAUCACCAGCCUCAUCCGCAGCAGUGGGCUCCGGAACACGGCCACGCGCCCGCUCCGCAGAACGCUCAUCAUCCCCAUGCUCCCUCACCCAUCUCUCCAUCAAACUAUCAUCCAAACUACGCCCCUCAGUCAUAUGCCCCCACCCAAUACUCCCAGCAGCCUGCCUACGGGGCGCCGCAACAAUACGGCCACCCGGGCAUUACUCUAACAACCGAGGUCGAGGCGGUUACGGUGACCGUGGUGUCCCUAAGCAUUCGCAUAUGGGGGCACCGGUUCGGCAGGGCUACGACCACGAGCAGGUGGCGCCAGUUUACGGCCAGCCAUAUCCACAUGAUCCUCGCACUGCCCACUAUCCCCCAGCCCAAUACCCUUACUCGGGCCCACCGCCUCCUCCUGCGCCUGUUCAUCGCCAGGAAAGCCAUCACGGUGGUCAGUACCAUCGUCGUGGCCGAGGUGGAGGACAUAGAGACGGGGUUCGCGGGCGUGGUGAACCACCAGAACCACCAGAACCACGGCAACGAUGCCAAAGUCAAGGUGGAAUCGCAGUCAGCUGGCAAGAAGAAGAAGCGCAAGACGAACACACUAGGUUUGACCCCCGGCAUGGAGUCUGAGUCUGAGGACGACGAAGGAGAGGAGAAGGCUCUCUUAGACCUUAUUGGCGCCGAGACCCUACAAAUCUCUGACGUCGCCGCUUUCUUGGCGGAGCGCCGCAAGAAUUUCCCCACGCGCGCACGAGUGGAAGCCAAGAAGGCUGCCGAGGUGGCACGAAAGGAUGAGGACAAGGCCGCCUCUCUGGAGAAGCAAGCCGACAAGUUGCGGAAGCAGCUGCGCAAGGUCGAGUCUUCUAUCAAGCGAAAGCGAGAGCAGGGAGAUGAAGGCGACGAGAUGCGCGACGUGUCUCCAGACUCUUCGGACGACGAGAAGCCCGAAGUCAUGUCUUCUCGUACCGAGUCCGCCGCGCCGCCUCCCCCACCCCCGGCCAAGAAGGCCGAUGUUUCGAAGCAUUGCAAGUAUUACGCCACCGGUGGAACUUGUGGUAAGAAGGGCAAGUGCCGCUUCGUCCACGACCCCGAAGUAAGAGAAGCAGCCAUGAAGGAGCGCGAGGCCAACGAUGGUCGCAUGACCAUCCAGCAACGCUUGAUUCUCAACGAUAAGGAACAAGAAGAUUUGACUAUUCUGCAGUCCAUCCAGUACCUUCGCGAAAAGGGCGCUAUGAAGGCUGUCCCUAAGGGCCAAGGAGGCGCCGACGCCAUGGAUGUGGACGUGAAAGAAGAAAAGGACAAGAACAAGAAGCCUAACGGAUCGAGUCUUUUGCCGGCCGCCCCAGCAUCGUUGCCUGAACCCCCCAUCAAGAAGGAGGCCAACUCGAGUCGCCGUAACCCGCAGCCGCCGGCCCUCCCAUCUGCGAAGGUCGUCAGCAGCCAAGGGGCUGAGCACUACCAAGGCUGGCUCCUGCAGCCAUAUGGCAGCGGAAAUGGCAAGGCGUCUGGGAGCGAUGACUUGCCUUGA